AUGGAAGGAACUGUGGAUCCGAAUACGAUCCAUUCUUCGAAUGUUGCAAAUUUAGAUCAAUUGAUCACUAAGCCAAUUUUGGAAUGUCUUGGACCUCGUUUUACAAGAGGUGCCGGUAAAAUUGAUGUGGAUAACUUUAUCUCUUUUGCGCCCAAUAUUAAGUUGACCGUACCACCGAAACCCCAUGAUUCAAACCACUCUCUACCUAAAUCAAGGAAUCUUGACAAUGUGCAUACGCAUAAAAUCUUAGUGGACACACUGACGGACAUGAUGGAAUUGCUUAAAAAAGAAAUUUCGACCAAUUCGCCUCCCUCAUCUCCUAUUCAAAUUGUAUUGGAGGAUCGCUUAAUCAGAAACUUGGAUACUACUGGUAUGCUGUUAGCGGAUCAGCGACGCUUAAUUAAGAAAUACUAUAAUUUCUACAAUGGCGCCAAAGAAAAUACAUCUUCGAUGUCUGCUACAGGGAAAGUUAGAACGGAAAAUGCCCAUCGGAUCGGAAAAGAAAUGAAGAGCUGCUCACGAUCAUCAAAACUAAACGGAAUUAUAUCCUGGUUAGUGGAGAGGAAUGGACUGGGGAGGAAAAAUCUUAAGGAAAGCCUCCGUCACUUUAAUUGUGAAGAAGACGAAGAAUGCACUUCAUCUACAAGCCCUCAAACAUUCUCUGGCGGGCAAAGUGAACAUUCUAGGGAAUCAUCUGAUGAAGAAUUAACUUCCUCAUCUUCUCAAAGUGAGACUGAAUCUACAAACGACUCACAAAGUUCCGAUACCGAUUCAAGCUCUGAAGAGCAUGAAACGAGUUACAGCUCUUCCAUUAUUGAUCAGGAGGAGGAUUGUUCUAGUAGCUCAUCUUCCAAAUCUUUGAAUAUAUAUUCAUCAGAACAAAGUGAAACCAGUUCUAUUGAUAUAAAACCACAAACAACUGAUUUGGAAAGAAGGAAUCCUCCCUCCCUUUCCCUAAAUGCCCGAGGUAUCGCUAAAACCGUGCACUUUAAUAAAGACUCAAAGGCGAAAAUUACUUCCUCCUCAAGUCACGAUGAAAUGUCACAAAAGCCAACUUGCAGAGAAGCUGCUCCUCGCAAUAAAAUCAGAAGAGGAUUAUUUGCACCACAAAAUGCAACCACUUCUAGCAAUGACCAGUAUAUUGCGAAAGCUAAGAAAAUCCUUCUUGAUCGAAGAAGAAAUGAAGCUAAGGAGAAUAGAAGUACUCCAUCAACCAAUGUUCCAUCUCCCGAUCCCUUGGAUGUUGCAAAAAUUUUUGCUCUCUUGUUGAAGUUUUGUGCGAAGGAUGUUGCUAUGGCACUCAGCAAGAUUCUGUCACCUGAAGGUUGUGAGGAAAAGGACACGCCUCCGAAAAUUGCCAAAGGAAUGGCUAACAUUACUAUUCAUGUCGAUGAUCUCCGCAAUUUAGCUCUUUUACUAGGAACUGAGUCAAAUGCCACAUCUACAUCAAAUGUCAAAAGUGAAAGUGCUGAGGAAAUUUCUGCCCCUAACAAUCGUCAAAUAGGAAAUAAUUUAUCUUCACCGUCAAAUGACGCAAAUGACUCAGUUUUUUCUGAAUGUGAGAAAAAAGUUGCAACCCUGAAUCUCCAGGACUCUUGUAUGAAGGCUGUUCCAGUUGAAAAUCCUGCUCCACUUUCUGAAUCAAAGAAAUUUACCUCCCCCGACUUCCCUUCAGGAAGACCUAGAAAUGUAUGUACCUGCAGUCUAAAGGCGAAUGACAUUUCUGCUACUUGUGAACCCCUCAAACCGAGCUUAACAGCUGGACAGAGAAUGAACGAUUCUCCCAAUGCAAACAUUCAGAAAUCAGGUGAGGAGGUAGGUAAUAAUGCCUCUUUCAUUGAUGUUCAACGCGAUUUGCAACAGUUUCUUGAAAAUGUAACCUAUUCAGAUAAAGCUUUACAUGCUUCACAUAUUAGUGAAGACUCAACUAAAAAUUCGAAGUUAAAUGAUUGGUCUUUCGAUUCUGAAAAAUAUGUGAACAAAACUGAUGUCAAGGGGUCAGGAGCAAUGAAUCCAGUCUUUGGCUGGAAUACUUCUCCUAUAACUUCAGAGUCAGAGUCCAUUUCCUCCAAUGGUUCAUUUGACUUUGCUGAUGAUGGCAGUGAUAGUGGGGAGAGCACGAAUUCUGCAUCUGUUUCAGUUGCUCCAGUCAUCAAUGAUAACUCUAAUUCUUUAGUGGAAGUGCAUGAUGCCCCCGCUGUAAAUUUAGAGGAGAACGGCCCUGCUCAUGUCACUUCUAAAUCUAACUCUGCACUAAACGAGAAUAACGUUGCGGGUCAAAAUGAACAGGGUACAAUUAACAGCAACAGACAGGGGUCCGAAUCAAAUUCCUCCGGUGAUUCAGGAGACGAAAUCACACUUCCAUUUAAAGUACAUGAACUUGAAUACUGUGAUGAAAAUCCAAUGGUUAACAGUUUAAAAGAUUUUGUUUCUCUACUAAACCGUGGGAAAGCUGAAGAUUACGACAUCUCAAACAAUCGAGAAUCUGCUGCAGAGGCAGUUUAUUCCAAUUGUAUAUCUUGUGUUCCGGGAGAUAAUAGUUGUAAUCAUUACGGAGGACCUAUUAAUGAAACUUUCCCAGUGGCUUCAAAGUCGAACGAAUUUACGAAUUACGUGCAUCCAAGUACCAAUGUCAAAAUGGGAUAUUACGACACAACUACUAACGAAACGGGACUUAAUGGGGUAUGGCCAGUCAACCAGGCUAACUGCGGUGGACAUCCAGGUGCAAACAAUCUGACAAACUUUGGAACCGUCUCAACCUAUCCUAACUCACAGAAACUCGACUACGGGACUAACAAUCUUUCUUAUCCAGGCCCAUGUCAUAUACCAAUAAAGUGGAUUGAUCCCGUCAACAUUCCAUUUACUUCGGAUUAUGGUCGAUGCUUGCCUUAUGGGGUACCCUGUCAUGAAAAUUAUAAUUCAUAUGCGAAGACAAACAGUUUCACUGGCAAUGGAGCUCAAUGGGAACCCCACUUCCCCGUAAACUACCAAGCGCCAAUGAUUGCAGCCCCUAUGACACGUCGAAAAUAUGCCUCACAUGAUCCAGUAAACGACAGUCACUUGAAUUUCGGAUUUCAUAAUCAUGGACAUUUCCGUGCAAACUCGGAGCCAAAUAAUUUCAGCAAUAUUGAUUAUUUUGGAAAAAAUAUAGAAAACAAUGCAUGGUUAGUCACUGCAAAUCAUCUGGAACACGUUCCAGUCAAUGUAAGAAAUAGUAGUCAUGUUUCACUGCCUCAAACAUAUAGGCCUAAUUCCACACAUAACAGCAUUUCAACUAUGGGAUAUGCGAGCGAAGUGUCUUAUUCAAAUCGAUCCAGCAGAGUCAACAACACUUCCUCUUCCCCAAUCAAUUCAAGAUCCAGGAUGAAAUGCGUUUCUGGUGAGGUACAAUCGGCAAAUGCUACAAGUAUACCUGUCCGAUUUUCUAGGAGUUCUGUUGAAUCGCUUAAGGAGGAUGGGUCAUCUCGAGCAGCACCGGUAUUCCCGCCUUCAUUGUAUUAUGAAGCGAAUUUCUCCGAUCCUUCACAAAUGGAUAAGCCUAGGGAGUGA